AUGUCUUUCCAUAAAUUAAUACUUUUGAGUUGUAUAAUACUUCCCAAUCUACUGGCCUUAGAUGCAGUUAAAAUCGGCAUCUCAAAACCCUUAGACACAACGACGACCACAACAACAACUUCAACAACCCCAACAACAAUUUCUACAGAAGACACACAAAUUUCAGAAGAAAUUGAGCCACAAAACCUUAGCACAUCAGCUACAACAACCACCUCUACUGCAAAGCCCCAAGAAGAAAUCACAACAGAAUCGGAACCCGAAUGGCCGGAAUUUCCACCCAGAAAAGAGACCACUAGCAGCACAAAGAAACCAACAACAACAACACCUAAUACCACAAAGAAACCUUUAACUAAAAAAUCUCGGACAACCACCACAAAAUCUCCUCCAACAACAACAUCGACAGUUGGUCCUGAUAUUACCACCAAUUCGACAGAGGUACCCGGAGAAACAUCAGCACUUUCAGCGCACAAUGGAGGUUCACAUAGCUCCAAAUAUUGUUUUUGUGAUUUAACCAUAAAUGGUUGUGAUAUUAAUUGUUGCUGCGAUCCGGAUUGUCCUGCAGAGGCUUUUCGCUCAUUUAAAUGCCUACGGGAAAAUUUAAAUGAUUUCGAACUGCAUGAGGGACGUUUUGAAGAUUUUAAAUUUCAACAUGGCUUGCCUACGUGCGAAGAGAAGGAUGGUUGGUUGUGUGUCUUCAAAACAAAUUUGCCAACAUCGGAUCUACAUGAGAGGGACCAUCCAAGUUUCUCAGAUACUUCACAUUAUUACAAAUGGCCAAGUUUGCUGAAAGAAGAUACGGAACAGCCAAGUCGGGAAUUUUAUAUGUAUGGAGAUGCCUUGAAAUUGAUACAUAUUGAGAGCAAGGAUAUAAGGGAUUUUGAUCUGCCCUCAUCGUUGAAGCCACCCUAUUGCCAAACAAUGGAACCAAUAAAAUAUUUGAAAUCUCAAAAACGAACAUGCCUUCAGCGCAAUGACAACCUAGAGGAUAUUCAAGUGAAAUUAAUGGAUUUCCAGGACAAUUACAAAGUUCUACAAAAGCCUAAUUUAGCGGAACAUCUCUAUGAACCUAAGCAUUUUAAAAAAUAUACGGCAAACAUAACCCUGAGAUGGUGUAUUGCCGGUUCCGAAAGAUGUCGAUUGUCAACUGAAGUUAAGGAAGCGGAUUUUGAAAAUACCGAAGUCAAGGAAAUACAAAUAAAAAUAUUUCACAAUUUCACCACCAUCAAUGGGAUCCUGAUUGAAUUAUGGCAUAGGGAAGUGGAUGUUGGAUCGGUAGACACCAUCGAAUCCUGGUUGUCAUAUGACAUCCAAUAUUUAAAUGGAAGUUUGAAAGAAGUUCUGAAAAAUAGAAGUGAAAUUCGAAAAUCAAAACCAAGUUCCGGUCCUUAUGGCUAUACCUUGGGAAAACCAGUAAUCUUGGGAAAAUAUGUGGCCUAUAAUAAAUCAUUGCCCUUAUCGGAAAAGAAUCAGCAAUUAGAUUUCUUUGCCACGGAUCUGGACAACGAAGAAAGAGGAGGUCAUUCUAUAAACAUUUUGGAAAAAUACAAAGGUCUAUGUGGCCGCUCAGAAAAAUCUUCGGGAGGAGACUAUAUCAACUAUGGUGUAAAUUUUGUCAAACAAUGUAAAAUUCGUAUGAAUAAUGACACCACGCACCUCACGGGUCCUGCAAAGGCCAACUAUACCACAAUUUGCCUAACACUACAAAAUCGCAUCAAUCAACAGCUCUUCAAUGGUCAACCGAACAUCAGUGAAAUAAAUUCCUAUUAUAUCUCGAAAUUGGGUAAACCUAAAAAUAAUUCCGAACAUUGGAUACAGCUAAAUGUUUUCAAUGCGGAUUUUAAUCAAGUAUUUGGUCAAUAUUUGGAAAAUACUGGGACAUUUAUAUGUCGCAAUAUAUUGCUGAGUGUGAUGUAUGAAUUUCAUAUGGGUUAUGUGGAUCUAAGUGGUGGUUUAACGCAACAACAACAUCAGAAUAUUAUUGAAUACGCCGCCUUGCUGAUGGGUGAAAGACAUGAUUUGGAAUUUUCAUUGGAUGAAAUGGUAGAAGUUCCAAUCACAAUGUCAGUGCGUUUUUAUGAUAUCAAUGAAAAAGCUGCAUCAGCUUCUAGUCUUUUAAGAAAUUAUUUUAUAAUCUUGAUGGGCUUAAUUGUAAUUUUAAAUGCUUAG